UUGGAAAUUUGCACCUACACUUUCUCUAUUUCGCCAAUUCCGCUGAAUGGUUCGAACGCAUUCUGAAGGCCAGGGCUCAAAACGACACAGCUCAAAGACACAUGGCUACGACGAUUUCACCCGCCUGAACCGGGCGCUGAAGAAGAUCGGGCUGUACUGCAAGGAAAUGGAUGGUGACGGCAACUGCCUAUUCAGAGCCCUGGCGGACCAGGUGGAUGGGACCCCUGAUACGCACUCGCGGCACCGCGUAGCCGUGUGCGACUACAUGGAUCAGCAUGCGGACGAAUUCGCGCCGUUCAUCGACGAAUCGCAGCCGUUUCCGCAGUAUGUGUACAAUAUGCGGCGACUGGGUGUGUUUGCGGGCAAUCUGGAGCUGGUGGCGUUUGCGCGCAACUACCGCGUCGACAUAAAAGUGUACCAGCUCGGCGGCAACGUGUUUGUCAUCAGCGGGGCGCCGUCCGACCAGCCCAACAGCACGCAGCGCAAUAUGCCGCCGGUGCAUAUCGCCUACCAUUCGUACGAGCACUACUCGUCGGUGCGCAACCGGCAUGGCCCGCACAACGGCCUGCCAAAGAUUAAAGCAAGUAGUCAGGACAGCAUUGCGCCGCCGCUGGAUGACCAGGCAGGCGUGGUAUUGCCAAAGGCCGCGGUGAAGGCGCGCCCAAGCACGCAUGACUCGCGCGCACACUGUAUUAUAAUGUAGACUAAAAACGUAGUGAAUGCCAUUUGGAAUAAAAUGCGCGGCGGUCUCCCAUGUGUAGGUAGCAGCUCCGGAGCCUGGAGAUGGCGGGGAUUCGGAUGACGACUUUGCAAGAAGAGCAGCGGAUGAGAGCUCGCCCAUGACGCCGAUGGAGAAGAUUGUCAUGGAUUCGACUGGCGUGCUGAAUCAUGCGCUGGUGCGCCGUCUACUGCAGGAACAGGACCAGGACCAAGUGAUUGAGGCACUGGUAGAGUGGAUGGCCAAAGACGACAGCUCUUGGUGGGCUACAGACGGACCAGCAAACUACAAUGGUCCGGAUCAGCCAAUCGAGCCAAAAGAACUAAAGGAGUCGGAGGAGUCCGAGGAACACAAGGACCAACACGAG